GAAAAUAAAAGGAAGUACUUGGCUACUGGGCAGGGAUAACACGCCCAUCUUGAAUGAAAUUAGUGAACUUUGACCUGGGCUAACCUGUCUUUAAUAUAAUAAUGACCGGCUAGUUAGGAUCUGGAGACUACGUGGUGUUUGUGUACCCCACACACUAUUCUGUAAUGGCUGAUGUUAUGUUAGAUGAACUAACGACACGUUUCAACUUGCGAGAACACCAAUUCACAAUAGAAGUGUCCGACACUCAUCUCAACCAAAUAUCUGACUCCAUUGGUAACUGGCUGAAAUAUGCUGAGGCUUUGGAACUCAAGGCUUAUCAGAUUCAAGACAUUCAAACCAACAGAGAGAUUGACUACCUCAUGAGAAUACAAAGGGUUUUGAGGGUAUGGAAAACCAAUAACGCGUUCAAAGCUACAUACAAACAACUGGCCACUGUUGCUCUGAAUUUGGGGGAUAGUCAAACAGCGAUGCGAGUAUGUGAGCUGUGUAAAGAUUGCGUAGUUGAUGACUCUCCCCACACUUUUCCCUCCUUCAUUUCAUGGCUGACACACAAGGGGGUGUCUGGCAAGGACAUACAAACUCUGGCUGAUGAGGGAUUUUCUACUGCUCAAUGUUUUGAGUUGUUACUACCUGAAGAUCUCGAAGACAUGCCAUUGACUAAAGCAGGCAAGAGACUGCUUCCAAAACUGAUCACUGAACCAAAGGAAAAGAAACAAAAGCAACCUGUUGCUGGAGCUACUGGUUCUGUAGCGGGUCGGUCUGUUGGAGCUGUACCAAGACACCUUUAUAACAGCCCAGUAGUGAACGAACUCAACAAUGACUAUGACUACUCCCAAUGUGACUGCUCUAAUGCCUACAACACAAUGGUCCGAUGUAGUGUGAAGCUCAACCACGCCAUGUCUAAAGACCCAAAAGCACUUGCUCAGGCUCUAUAUGGUGAAGGAUUCAUCUCUCAAGCCACUAUGGACGAAACAAGCGAAUUGAACGAAACUAGAAACUCUAAGGGAAGUCGGUUGUACAGUGCAGUACUGGGCAGGGUUAGGAGUUUCCCCAGGAAGUUUGCAGACUUUGUGCAGAUACUGAGACGCGAUAGGAUACUUUAUAGUGAUGUAUUGAUAGAGAUAGAUGCAAUAUAUCAUGUUUGAUAAUUCUGGUUUUGUACUGGGGAGUUUUAAUGAGUUAACAAUGCGGUGCUUUUUAGUCUAAGA